UCCUCGACUUUUCACAACAAAAAGUCACAUUUCUGCGCAGGAAAAAAGUCCUGUGUCUCCCAUUCAUCGACAUCAAAAUCGAUUCGAACGACAAAAACGGUGCAGUUUUCGCAACGCUCCGCAUCCCGACAACAGAAUGAGUGAAGAUUUCCUUAACAAACCGCUGUCCUUCGAUUCUCCGUCAUCGAGUGUGCCGUCUCCAACGGCUCCCACAAAGUCCAAAGGGAGUCUCGCGCCGGCUCUCUCGCCAUACCUCAACUAUGAUCCGCGUUACCUGAACAACAUCAGUCAGCCGGAAUUCAUCUUCCCGGAGGGUGCGUCGAAGCAACGAGGUCGUUUCGAACUGGCUUUCGCGCAAAUUGGCUCGUCGGUGAUGAUUGGAGCCGCGAUUGGAGGCGCCGCGGGAUUGUAUAAUGGCGUACGAGCAACAGCUUUGGCAGGACAAACGGGACAAAUUCGCCGGACGCAACUUUUGAAUCACGUCAUGAAACAGGGAUCGGCGACAGCAAACACUUUGGGCACCUUGACAGUCAUGUAUUCGGCCUUUGGCGUGCUUUUCUCGUGGGCACGCGGCGAAGACGACGAAAUUAACACAGUUUUGGCGGGCACAGCGACGGGACUUUUGUACAAAUCCACAAGUGGAUUGCGGAGAUGCUUGGUAGGCGGCGGCGUGGGCUUGGCACUCACUUCGGCUUACGUCCUGUGGAAUUUGGGCUCGUCCUCGACAAAAAUCACAGAUUUGCGGAAUCAAUAUUUAUAGCCAAUAUAAAGUUAGACAAGUUGAAAAUUGAACGUAGUUUCCCAAUUUUUUGUUCAAAUCGGUCCCAGAUGUAGAUACUUUUUUUUUUAAAUUAGUUUUAAAGGCAACAAUAAGAAAUAACAAACGAAAAAUCAUCAUUGUCGAAGCAAAAAGUUCGGUUCGAGUCCCGAGUCUAGUCACUUUCUGCAAUUUUCCGUUUCACGCAGAGGCGGAUUCAACCUCAGCCGACUAAAUUUCGAGAAAAUCUGCAAAAAAUCAAAGAAAUUCGGUACAGUGAUACAAAUAAAAUAAAAGUAAAUUAAUUUUUUGCUCUCACAAGUCGGUCUCUUCUUCCAUUUUUACCAUUUCAAGGAAGAAAAAGCUCGAAAUUGCGGAAAAAAAAUUAAUUUACUCACAAAAAAAUAGAAAAAACA